AUGAUUGCUUCCCCCGGUUUUCCGAGGGAAGAGAUUCCGUAUGAAAAUCGCAAGAAUUUGGCUCCUUGUUUGAAAGGUUAUUAUGUUCAUAGACUUUUAGUAAACGCUGUAGCAAUGUGGGAUUCACCUCGUUAUGCUUGUUAUAUUUUCAUGAUGUUAGAUGAACUAUAUAAAGCAGAACGUGGAGAGAUGGAAAAGAAACUUCAUGCAAAAGAUGAAGUCAUUGAAUCCAAAGACAAAAGCAUACAGAAAAGAAUACCGCGUUCAGUACCAAAAGGAAAGGAAAAGAGUUAUAAGUAUAUGAUAUAUACUGAAGAGUUGGAGAAAGAAGAAGACAGAGAUAUGGUUAUGUUACAUUUAGUCAGAAGAAACAACAAAAGCUUUUAUGACUUAGCUAAGAUAUAUAAAUCUGACAGAAACUGGUUCUAUCGUGAAAACUUACCGAUUUCAAUGACUCCGAAUGAACAAAUAAAGGAAAUUGUCAAAAAUACUCUUCCUCAAACACACUAUGACAUCAAAGGUUGUACAAUACUUACAUUCAAAGAAGACUUAACAUUACUGAAGGAAAAAAUAACAGAAUAUUUCGAUAACUUCAAAGAGGAAGAAUGA